AUGGCGAGAGCUUGCAACCGCGCGCUGAGACUGCUGCCGAAUUCCUUCACCACGCAGCUGGCAAGCAGCGGAAGCCGCGCCAGAUGCAGAAACCUCGCCGUUCACGCGCAGCUUUCCACUGAAGACGAUGCUUACAUGAUCGAGCCACUGAAGAAAGUGCAAGUCACACAGAGCCUCCGGAAGACCCGCCGGAGGGGAACCGGGGGCGCGCGGCAGAGCCUGGUCUCCGUCGGAACGUCGUGCGGCGGAGGUGAUCAGUGGAGCAGCGACAUCGAACUGACGUUGCGGCAGCUGCAUCUAGACGACCUGAUCGAGGACGGGCAGAGGGACGCUGACGUGCUCGUGCACCUUCUGGUACAGCAGCACACUCAGUUUGGGAUGUCGAUAAAAGGGCGAGUCCUCACAUCCUUCAGAAAAAUAUGCGAUUCCUGCUCCUUGCCGUACUGCACAAAUAUCGAUGAACGCUUCAAUCUCACGGUUCUGUCUUCAACCAGGAGAGAUCAGAGUGGGCUGCCUGAUCUCGGUGACACUGAUCCAUCGGUCAUCUAUGUCAGACCAGGAGAUGAAGUCGAUCUUGACUCGGUAAUCCAAGAGACCGUACGAUUAACUGCAUCCGCUAAGAGUUCAUGUUCGGAGACCUGCGAAAAGUCUACAGUUGUAUGGCAAUAUGGUGGUAGCCAGAGGAAGAAGACUUCCAACCAAAGGUGGUCAAAACUUCUUGAUCUGAAGAAAACCCUGGAUAAAGCGCCUAAGUGA